CAGGCAUGUUUAGGCUAGUAUAUCGCAUGUUAUCGUCGAAGAAUGAUUAUCACUCUAUCGUGAUAGUCCUCGCAAUAUAACUAAUCGUAGCAAAGUCGCAGAGAGAUUCACAGCGAGCGAAGAGACUUGACUCGACCGAUUUUUCGAUUCGAAAGAAUUCAACGCAAUUAAGCGAGAUGGUAAAGGCAAAAAAGUAUGUGCUAGUGAAGCAUUUCGUCAACGAUCCGCAACCGACGGAUUUGCAAUUGGUAGAAGAGGAGUUGCCGCCUCUACAAAAUGAAGAAAUUCUUUUGGAAGCCGAAUACCUCUCCGUAGAUCCGUACAUGAGACCGUACGUACAAAGAUUUCCAGUUGGAAUCACGAUGAUCGGAUCUCAGGUCGCUAAGAUCGUGGAAUCCAAAAACCCUAAUUAUCCAGUUGGCCGAAGACUUGUCGGGCAUUUUGGCUGGAGAACUCAUACGAUUAUCAAUCCAAAGGUCGAGGAAAGUAAAUCCGAGGAAGUAAACUCACGACCAUAUUUUUUGCCGAAUAUAGGUGAUCUACCACCGUCUCUCGCUUUAGGUGCCUUGGGAAUGCCAGGCAACACGGCGUACUUUGGUCUGAUGGAGAUAUGCAAACCAAAACCUGGUGAGGUAAUUGUCAUUAGUGGAGCCGCUGGUGCAGUUGGUGCUCACGUGGGCCAGAUCGCCAAGAAUUUGGGCCUUACUGUCAUCGGUAUAUGCGGCUCCGACGAGAAAUGCAAAUGGCUCGAGGAAUUGGGCUUCGAUGCUACCAUUAAUUACAAGACCGCACCGAUCGCAGCAACUUUACGUAAAAUCGCUCCGCAAGGCAUAGAUUGUUAUUUCGAUAAUGUCGGCGGGGACAUCUCUACUACAGUUAUAUAUCAGAUGAGGCUGUUCGGUCGAAUAGCCGUGUGCGGUAGCAUCUCGACUUACAGUGCGGAUUCUUCAUCCUUACCCAAAUCCACCGUCUUGCAACCUGUGAUACUAUUCAAUCAAUUGAAAAUGGAAGGCUUUAUCGUUCGGCGCUGGGCGAAACGUUGGAACGAAGGAAUCGAGCAGAAUCUGCGAUGGAUCCGCGAGGGCAAGCUUCAUUAUCGAGAGACUGUGACCAAAGGCUUCGAGAAUAUGUUCGAUGCAUUUAUUGGUAUGUUGAACGGCAAGAACAUCGGAAAGGCGAUCGUCCAGGUUUAGGAUCAACAAGUCAUGAGUAUCGUCGUGCAAUGCAUCCUAUACAAAUGUAUAUUUCUGAAAAAUUAAAAAAAAUACGAAUUUUA